AGCUGCAGGAGAAGAAGACACGGGGGGACACGGCAGCGGUUCCGUAUACGAAAGUGAGGACGAGACAGUGGACGAGCACUGCUGUCUGUCUGUGUCUGUCAGAGUUCAGAGAGGAAAGAAAAAUACCUUCCUUCACAUACAAUGACAGACAGACCGUGUAAGGUUUGUAAUUUCACCCGACAGAAGUCCUACGGGUUGGUAGUCCCGACCUUAGAUGAGCUGAAGUUAAAAGGACGCGAGUUCCUCGGGUUCAGCCCCAGUGAGCCGGUCACGGUGGUCCUAGAGGAUGAUGGGACGAUAGUAGAGGAUCAGUCCUACUUUCUGUGUUUACCCUUAAACACAAAGUUCAUGCUGUUGCAUGAAAAAGAGACGUGGUCUCCGGUUCGCAGGAUGGAUGGUGGCACAGCCUGGAUGGCCAGGGAUUCUAUGUUGCUGGAGGCUGAUAGUGUGGACGCAGCCAGUGCUGCAGCACCCUGGUGGGACCUGUCUCAGCAGCUGAAGCAUGACCUUGCCAGCAUCAUCCUCAUGUCUGAGGCAGACUUACAGGCCCUAGUAGACGCCCCAUGCGCUGAGCUGGCCACUGCUAUGGGCUUCCAAGAGAAGAAGGCAGCAGAACUGCAGGAGACACUGCAGACGGUUUUGGACCGACGAGAGGAGGAGAGGCAGUCCAAGGAGCUCCUCCAGCUGUAUCUCAAAGCUUCGGAGAAAGAGGACAGACAGCAGGAAGAGCCAAGUCAGCCCAGCCAGGGAGGAGCCGGGGACGUGGACGUUCCAGAUGGGAUGGAGGUGGAGUCCGCAUCCGGUUUCAUGUCCAGGACACUGAUGGUCCUGAAAGGCAAGACAAGCCCAGAGACCAGACUGUCCACUGAGGAUCUGCAGAUGGUAGUGAGCCGAGGGGUGGACGCUAUGGAGCAGGUGCUGGGCUUGGGCAAAACAAAGACGACUGCUCUGCUGCAGGCCUGCGAAGCCGAGCUGACCAAACGUCUCCAGCAGGUUCAGGCCGUUCAGUCCAUUAGGAGCAGCACACAGCCUGACAGCACCCAGCAGUCCAGUAAGAUGAGUACGGAGGAGGAUGUAGACACUCCAGCCCAAGGCAGCAACUAAGCAGAGGCUUCACCUGAGCAGAGACUGAUAAGAGUUCACACUACCUGCCUCAGGGUCAGUAGAAUCGGAUAUAUCCCAUGGUACUGAUAAUAUCCAUGAUGCUGGAAUCCAUGAAUGUUAAUGAUGUUGACGUUUUGUUAAACUUGCAAACCACUUGAAUGCUUUUGCCUCAAGAUGGAGAAGAGUGAUUUGCACAAGUCAUGUUUAUCAAAGAAAUGUUAGCAUUGACCACCAGCAUCAGCUUUUUAUUGGCUCCUUAUUUUGAUGCGUGCCAUGCUGUGAAAAUAAUCACACAAAAAUAUCCAUGUGAAACCUAAAGCAAUAGAUUAACAUUUUGGCAAGUGCACUUAUCCGCUUUCUUGCUGAGAGUUUGAUUAAUAUGAAACUAGGGAAUAUGAAGCUGGAGCCAGUAAGCUUGACGUACCAUAAAGACUGCAAAUGGAGGGAAAUGGCUUGCAUGGCUCUGUCCAAAGGUAGCAAAAACCACCUACCAGCACCUUGUUGGCUCAACAAUUAAGACCUCAUGCCUUUGUAGUUUCUGCUGGUUGUCUAGCAACUUCAGUGCGAUGAUAAAACUCCACGAAAUCAAUACAGCCGACCAAGUUGUUGUUGCAGUGGUCCUGCAUAUAACCUCUCAUAGAACAUUAAAUAACAUUUUAAUAAAUAAGCUUCAUGGCUGCUAGUAGGUGGAUUUUGUUACCUUUGCACAGAGCCAAGCUGGCAGUUCCCCCCUGUUUACAGUCUUUAUGCUAAAAUAUGCUGCGCCAGCUUCAUAUUUAACAGACAGAAAUGAGAGUGGUACCAAUCGCAUCUAAUGAAAAUAAGUAGAUAUGCCAAAAUGUGAAACUAAUACUUUAGGGUUUUUUAUAAACUGUUACUGUUGAAUCAUCUUCCCAGUAUUAUUGUUUACAUUCUGUUCCACCUUAAACACUGCCAAGACAGAAGACGUGCACUGCUUUUUAAUUUUAGAAACUUAGGCUAAAUAAUGAUAAGAAAUAUAAUUUGAACUGGCACAGUACAGAGGCUUGCCACAAGUGACAAAUUUUUGUGCUUGUUCCAAAUAAUUUAAAUGUGCUGCUCCUGAAAAGGACAGUACACGUAUAGGGUAUCUUUAAGUUGAGAACCAGGUUGUUCCUGUGCCUCAUAACUCCCUCUUGUCAUCUUUCCCAGUGACUCCUGCAAAAAGUCGGCUUUACUAGAUUAUCAGUAGACUCAUAACAACAUAUCAAUUUUUAUGUUGUGAUGAAAAUGUCAAAAAUAUUUUUAUAAAUAUAAAUAUUUUUCUAAAUAUACACUUGCCUAAAUUUUACCUUUCCAUUUUGUACCACAGUCUGUGUCAUUACAUUAUUUGGUGUGUGACCAAUUAGGGAAUCUCUUCAUGGUAGAAUAAAUAGUUAAAAAAAAUACCAUAAAUGAGUGCAGGAACUCUUCACCCAAGGCACAAUCCCAAAGUAACCUGGACAGCAGUACAUUAGAGUGACAACUUUGUGUAAAAGUUAAAUUUGCAAUGGUAAAUGUGCCGAUUUGCAUGGGAAACACUACCUGAUCAGAUAUUAUAUUAUAUAAGGUUAUAUAACAUAAGGUUUAUCACUUCAUACAUGCAAUUCUACCUGAACACAUGGAUGACAUUAUGGAUAAGAGGGACAAAGCUACACCUUUGAGUUACAUAGAACCAGUAUUUCUGGAUGAAAGAAACCAUCUAUUAUAUACCAUUAUUAUCAGUCGAGUGUGUAUAAUGUGUGCAGUCCUGUGUGGCUUAUAGGUCAUGUGGAACAUAGUCUUUGUCAUGUCUGUCACCUCAUCAUCUAUCACUUGAACAGGAAGGGUUCCCCAUUAGGGAAGAGAUCAAGAUGUCACUACCAGCUCAUUCUUUCACAAUCAGAAUCAGAAAUACUUUAAUAAUCCCAGGGGGAUAUUAUUUAAAUCCUUUCGAGAUCUAUUUACUCCAUAUUGUGUUUAUGUUCUGCAAAAAGCGUGAGCCUCAACAUGGCCAACAAUUUUACCAAAAGUAACGUGUCACUCUGAUGUUUUAUUACCAUGAAUUAAUUGUCAUGUCAGUUCCCCAAUACAUUCCCAUUUUGUAUUUAAUUUAAACACAUAUGUUACAAGGGGAAGUUGUAUAUGACUGUACAGUACGUGAUUUAAGGUGCCUUUUCUAAACAUGUUAAAUGGUCCUAGGAGGGUUGUUUUUUUGUUUUUUUUAAAUAAAACAAACUCACCCUCAGACCUUUGA